AUGGCGGUGGAUAUUGUCAGUAAAUUUGAAUUGGAAAGACUCGCUGCUGAAAUUCAACAAGAAAUAGAAAUGAAGGACAUGCUUGAGCAAUCAAUCCAAGAAUUAUUGGUAACUGUGGAGGAACUUGAAAAAUGCUCAGAAGUCAUCAAAGACGAAGGUAAUGAAUGGAAAACUCGAUUUGAGACUCAAGAAGAGAUGAACCAACAACUCCAGCAGCAAAUUAUCAUUCUGAUGGAAAAAGUGGAAGAAGCAAAAGCCAACUUCAAAGAAUCAGUACACACUUCAAGAGAUAUAAAUAAUUACGUUGACAACAAUGAGAUUACACCCCAAUAUGUUAAAAUGCUGGAAAAAGAGAAAAACAGUUUGGCCAAUCAACUGAGAGAUAUGGAGUGGAGACUAGAUCAAGAAUCAAAGGCCUACCAUAAAGCUAAUGACGAGCGAAAACGCUGCAUGUUAGAGAUAAACGUGACCAAGAGUAGCCAAGAAGACAUGAAAAUGAGACAUCGAGCCAACCAACUAGCAAAUGUCUCUUCACGUACAGAAGAUCAAGCGGACCAACUCUACAGUCCAAAACUCCAGAGAGAUGUUGAUGGGAACAUUAGAGAAAACCACAGAGUAUUAGAUCCCCGCAAAGGUCCAAUCAAGAAGACGGCUGGAGUUCAUACACUUCCCAGUUUGGAUCAAGAUGGAUGCUAA